AUGUUUGGCAGACGAAAAUCUCUCUCUUCCCAAACGGCGAGUGUUGUUGUUGGUGGUGGUGGAUCCAACAACACACUCUCCACCUCCUCUGCCAAUCAUAACGAUCACCACAACAACACUCACUCUCCAGAAAGUAUCAGUCCUUCCACUUCUCCAACUCCCAAUUCACAAGAACCUCGUGAACAAGGUCUUCGAAUUCGAACUCAAUCCGUCGCUUCCAUCACUGGACUCGUGAAUCAUGAUCUCGAUAAUAAUACCAACUCGGCGUCUUUGAAUGCUGUUCCGACCCUUUCGACCUCUGUUCGACGAGGUGUUUUACAAAUUACAAGUUCUUCGACGACUACUCCUUCGACGCCAUCUGCUUCUUCUUCUUCUUUGGAAAAUUCGAACACGUCAUUGAAAGAACGAAAGAAAAGUUUAUCAUCACUCAAAAGUAUAUUAACGCCGAGAAAAUAUUCGAGUUCGGAUUUACAUCAUGGAUCAUCGAAUUUGUCAGCACCUUCUUCGAAUACAAUGUCUUCUACUUCGAAUGAUAAUUUAUCAGCAAGUGAAAAUGAAUCGAGUCAGUUGUCAACAUCACCUGGUCGAUCACUUGGAAAAUUAAUUAUCAAUUCCAUGAAAUCACAUCAUCAUUCUCGAGAAGGUUCAUUAUCAUCAUCGUUAGGCGCUUCGAAUCCUUCGACACCUUCUUCGAAAACUCCAUUACACGUUUUAUUUGGAUCGAAAUAUGCUUCGAAUGGAACCAAUACAACAAAUCAUUUAUCUGUAGAUUCUAGUGUCGAUAUUGUGGAUAUUGAUGAUGAUUCUGAUACAAGUAGUAGUGAAGACAGUAUUGAUGAUCAUGAUUUGAAAGAAUUGAAAGAUAGUAUUCGAGGAUAUGAAAAGGAAAUUCAAUCAUUGAGUCCAAAUCAAUUAAUGCCAAGUUCUGGAAGAUGCACGUCACCAUUGGGAGGAUCGGAAGCUCCAAAAGCAACCAUUAAUGGUGUCACAAAUCCAUCCAAUGCCAAUUCUGUUUCUGGAAAUUCAACGACUCGAACUCGUGCUGCUUCUGAAUAUUUGAAAAAGAAGAAAAAGAAUGAAGAAGGAUCAUCAUCGACGAUGGACAUGAUGAGUUUUCUACAAGACUAUGAAGAAGAAAAGAAAAAAGAAGAAUCAAAUUCUACCACCACCACCACCACCACACGAAAACAAGCGCCUCCUCAACAAACCACAAGUGCAGGUCGAAGUCGAUUUAACACACUCACAGAAAAAUUAAAAAAGGCAUAUUAUGAACAUAAAAAGAGAGAUGAAGAUGAAGAAUCGGAUGGAGGUGAAUCGGAUGAUGGAGAUUCAACUGCAGGUUCAAGUGUGGCCAUGUUCGGUGGAAAGAAUAUUAACAUUUUAGCUCAACUUGUGGAAGAAUAUAAAGGAAUGGGUUCUGAAAAGAUUAUUGAGGCUGAGCGAACAAGACGUGAACAGGAGAGAGUUUUUUCUCCAUUGGUCAUGCUUCGACAGUUAGAGAAGGAAAAGCGUUUGAAUCCAAAAUAUAAGGUUGUGAAUGUAUAUUUUGAAAAAGUCGCUUUCAUGUAA